AAAGAAUCUCGCGCAGACCGAAUUCGUCAAAUCGAAAAAUCAUGAAUUUAAGAUUAAUAAUAUUUUGUUCGUUGCUAUACGUUGCAAUUAAAGGGGUGUUUUCAUCCCCUGUAAGUGGAGCGCAGUCCGAAGAAGAUGAUUUAAUAGUUGAAUUGGAGAAUUUGGGCAAAAUCCGUGGACAUAUUCUUCAAAGUUCCGAAGGAAAGGAUUUCUAUGCUUUUCAAGAUAUCCCUUAUGGAGAAUCCACAGCAGGAAAUAACAGAUUUAAGCCCUCCAAACCUCGUGGUCCAUGGGAAGGAGUAUUAAAUGUAACCGAAAAUAAAAAAAAGUGUCCACAAGCAUCGUUUAUGAAUAAUGAUUUAAGUUCUGACUCAGAUCUAACAGAAGAUUGCUUAGUUCUGAAUGUAUACACACCAGUAAAACCAAGUUCUGGUAAAUCAUUGCCAAUAUUCUUUUGGAUUCAUGGUGGAGCUUUCCUUGGUGGUAGCGGUUCAAUGAAAGAAUACGAUCCAAAGUAUUUGAUUGAUUAUGAUAUAGUAGUUGUAACAAUAAACUAUCGACUAGGAGCACUUGGAUUUUUAACGACACUAGAUGACAGUAUACCCGGUAAUUUGGGACUCAAAGAUCAACUUCUGGCCCUUAAAUGGGCACAUGAUCACAUCCAUCAAUUUGGAGGUGAUCCCGACAAAAUAACAGUAGGCGGAGAAAGUGCUGGAAGUAUGGCGACUGGAUUUCAAAUGCUAAGUAGAGCAGCUAAAGGGUUGUUCAGGGGAAUUAUCCAACAAAGUGGGUCACCGUUAGCUCGAUUUUUUUAUCCAUCGGACGAUAGAGAACAUGCAUUUGAAUUUGGCAAAGCGUUAAAUAGUUCAUUUACAUCAACCAAAUCAAGUGAUUUAUUAGAAUUGUUACAACAAGUAUCUUACUCAGAUUUAUUGGAUGUUCAGAGUAAGUUUUCACCUGGCGGCAAUGUAGGAUUUAUGGAUGCUUUAGUUUAUAAGCCAGUUCUGGAGGAUGAAAACAACGACGAUGCUUUUGUUACCGAACCCAUGCAUGGUGCUGUACUGGAUGGCCAUUUUAAUUUAGUGCCUCUUCUUAUUGGCAUAAAUUCCGAAGAAGCUUUAGGUUUUCUUAAUCAAGCAGGGAAUGAAACCAUUGAAGAAAGAGCCAAAUCACUUGAUGAAAGUCCAUCAAAUCUUGUAGCUGAAUCCCUUAAUGUUGCCGACGAAGACAGAGAGACAGUUGGCAAUGGUUUAAAAGAGAUAUAUAACUUUUCUUCUUUUGUAGAAGAUAGAAAUGCAUUUGUAAAGUACACUACUGAUGAAGCUUUUGCUCGAUCAUCAAUACGCCAAGCUGAAAGUGCCUCUCGAUAUGUACCAGUCUACCUGUAUCAGCUCUCAUGGUUACCAGAAAACAGUACGGAGAUAGGAGUGCCGCAUGGAGCAGAUGUAUGGUACUUUUGGGGUGGACUUCCUCUUGGUCCAAGUACUGAAUCCCUUCGAAAACCUUUUCUAAAAUUAUGGACUAAUUUUAUUAAAUACCAGAAUCCCACUCCAGAGUCGGAUGAAGAACUUCAAAACGUAAUUUGGCCAGAAGUAAAACCCGAUGCUGUGAAGUAUUUAGAUUUAAAUACGCAGUUCACAGUUCACGAUAAUCCCCGAAAUUAUUAUAGUUUUAAAUCUCUAUUGGACCAUUACAUACAUCCACCCUAUAUAAGUUAUUAAAUUUUAGAAUAGAAAUACUGUAGUUAGUUGUUAAAAUAAACAUAUACAAAUAAUAUUUUUGGUUGUUAAUAAUAUCCUUUUU